CAUUUCAUUCAAUGUUUUCAUUCCGCGACAAGCUUUCAUGGAAGUAGGCUGUGAUGCAGAGGUUCUUGAUAGUCACGAAUUUUACGAGAACCGACAACACGUGCGUGGAGUGACAGCAGUAGUGACAUUCCGAACUAUUUAUCAAUAAGCGCAUUUUCCACGGAAAACAAUACAUUCCCAUGACGGUUUCGAAUGCCACUGGGUGUUUAUAAUAAUUGCACGAACACCUGAUCAAUUGAGAAAAAGUGACUCAUACGGAAUACCAGAAAGAGAGUGAUUAAGCGGUAAAAACAAUGGGUGUCCGCGAGUUUUUCUUUUGUUUUUUGGCGUUUGUGUGUUGUUUCGUCGAUGUUUUCUCCAUCGAAGACUAUUGUUCGAGAAACAAUUUCAACAGCAGCGAUAAAUUCAUGCAUUUCACGAAAGAAGCCACGUUUGAGGAAUUCGCAGUGGUUGGCAAAUUCAAGGGUUUGCAUUGUUGUGCCAAAGGAUACAGGAGUAUUGAAUGGUACAAAGACGAUCGACUGUAUCCCUGGGCUCUGGAAAUCUCAUCCCUAAUCCUAGUACCCGAAAGUGGCAAUCAGACGAUAUACUCGCAAUCGUUGUCAGAAAAAGACGGUGGAAACUAUACUUGCGUACUAAGAAAUGACACUGUCCUACACAGUCAUACGAUACACUUCAGAGUUUUCGACAAAGUACCCGACGAACCAAAAAUAACAUACAUAUCCAGGGAUACCAGCGUUCAUGUUGGAGACAGUUUGAGGUUAUUUUGUGAAGCCUUCGCAGGACAAGUUGAUCUUCCAGAUGCUCAUAGCGAAGCAUAUUGGAAAAAAAUCGGGGCCAACAAUACCGUUCACAAUGUCCCAGACGUCAAUCAGUUGAAAGAAGACAGAGAGGUCGGUCAGAUAUUCGGUACUUACCUGACGAUAGACGAAGUGAAAAGAGAAGAUUUUGGCACUUACGUUUGCACAAUCACUAAACCUGGCAAAACCAUCGAUAGAUACGUAACCGUUUCCGAAAAAGUCGACGAAGUGGAGUACCUCAACCCCAACCCCGUCCCCCUCGCCAAACUCGCCCUCCUCCUCUCCGCCAUCCUGCUAGCCACCUCCACUCUGGCCCUCCUCUACCUCAAAUACGGCCUCGAGAUGCGCGUGCGCCUCAAGGACGCCUUCGGGGCCGACGAGCGUCGCGACGGCAAGCGCGACGACGUCCUUCUGCUGUCGGCGCCCGAUGACUCGGACCUAGCUCUGGGCGUGCUGGCGGCCGCUCUGGACGGCCGGUACCGGUACAGGUGCGCAGCGAAGGUGGUGACGUCAGACGUCGGCAUGUGGUACACAGACCUGAAAGAUGACGCACUAAGGUGCCGCCGCAUCAUAGCCGUCCUCUCCCCCGCUCUGUUCAAAGGCGAUUGGCAGUCUUCCAGCCUCCUUGAAGCGAUCAAUCAGCUCAAGUCUCUCGGCCCCCCUUUGAUAUGCGUGUCUCUGAAAGAGCUACCCAAAAGCGAAAACGAAACGAAGAACGCCCAAGGAGAGACCCUGACGACUCUAGCCAGGUCCGUGGGGGUGAUUUUGUGGGAGAGAAAGAGCGACGACGCAUUUUGGUACUCGCUCAGACUGAGACUGCCUGCCAGGAGGAGAUCAGACGAGGAUAACACUCGGUCGGAUCAGAGCGAAAGACUGAGCACGAACGGUCAGGAGUGCUUGGACAAUUUGGUGUGAGUCGGUUUCCAAUGUGUGAAAGUGUAUAUAUUUAUUUCCUUCUUAAUUUAAUUGUAUUUGUAUUGGAAUUUGUAGUGAACAGUGUUGGUCGAAAUUGUCUUGACAU